AUGGAUGGAUUUGAAAGUGACCAAACAUCUACAAUAUUCCUCAUGUUGUGCUUCAGUGAAGCUGGAAGGUUUAAUAAAAAACAGAGGAGGAGAGCAAAAACAAAGGGAGAUGGUAGGGGAGUUGGGCAUGGGUUGCGGGUGGCAGAGGGAAAAAAAAACACAGGGAGAAGAGAUGGAAAGCAAAGGGUGGAGAGCAAGGGCAGAGGAGGAGAGAGACGGAGCAAGGAUGGAGAUGAAAAGUUGUAG